CAGAGUUUACAGUACACACAGUGCCACGGCCAUGGCUUCUGCUAUGGACUUAUCUCCUUCAACGUUCUUCUUAUGUCGAACUUCUUCCUCAUCUCUACGUCGUCUCUCCUCCAUCUCAGUCUCUAGUUUCCGCCGUCACCCUAACCGGAGGUUACAGAUAUUUUGCCAAGCCACAGCCGGAACUCAGCCUCAGAGCGUCCUCUCUGACUCUGGCUCAAAACUGGCCGCCCGUUCUGGCCAGGACCGUCUUCUGAAGGUCAGGUUCCGUUUAUUUUGGAUAAAUUUGGAUUCAUCGCAAUUGUUUUGGAAACUGCAGGUUCCGAUUUCGAACAUCAGGAACUUUAGUAUCAUAGCUCAUAACAUGGACAUGAUCAUGGGAAGUCUACAUUGGCGGAUAAGUUGCUUCAGACUAUGUGCUCAAACCCAUCUCUCCUUCCACAACCCGGGCAGAGGAAAUCAGUUGAAGAACCAUAUGUUAAGAUUGAGUUGCUUACGCCGAAAGACUAUAUUGGUGCGCUUAUGGAACUCGCUCAAGAUAGGAGAGGGGAGUUCAAGGAAAUGAAAUAUAUAGCUGAGAACAGAGCUUCUCUCCUCUAUGAGUUACCCCUUGCAGAGAUGGUGGGAGAUUUCUUUGAUCAAUUAAAGUCCAGGACCAAUGGAUAUGCUAGCAUGGAAUACUCAGUUAUUGGGUACAGGGAAAGCGAUCUGAUAAAACUAGAUAUUCUCAUUAAUACUGAAUUGGUGGAACCUUUGUCAACCAUUGUACACAGAGACAAGGCAUAUCCAGUUGGGAGAGCUUUGACUCGAAAACUCAAAGAGCUUAUUCCGCGACAAAUGUUUCAAGUGCGUAUCCAGGCUUGUAUAGGAUCGAAAGUGAUAGCUAGUGAAGCGGUCCAAAUAAGAAAGAUCUGAGGCCCAGUACAUCCAUUUAAUGGGCUUAAUUGGAAAAGAAAUAACGUAUGGCUCCAAAACAGCAAACCACCUGUACAAACACAUAUAUAAAGCGGAGAGUUAUUAAGAAGUCUUCGUCAUUUAUUCCCAUAAGGAACGACGACUGACCCAACCCAAACAGCUGAGAGCGAGCGAGCGAGAGAGAGACUAGAGAGAGAUCUGAGCAACUGUUUUCGUUCUUCGCGAGACACCUCCCUCUCUCUCUCUCUCUCCGUCGACGACGCGUCUUCCGAGCUCCAUACAUUCUCUGAGGAUGCCUCUACAAAAAAAGAAGCCGCAUAAACUACUGGAUCCCCCAAACGGCUUGGAGCCACGAGAACUUGUUUUUCAAGUUCGUCUCACAAAGGAGAUUUUCCGAGAUUAUCAAUUGUACUUGAAGAGGAUUAAUCUGUAUCGCCAGCGAGUUUGGACAUGUAAAUCUACCGGUAAAACUAGCUUGACCUACGAGGAGGCCUUAGAGUCAGAAAAAUUGACAAGCAAGAAGGUUCAAACUCUGCCGGGAGAGCUAGUGGCACCUGCUUUACGUAUCAUCCAGUUCAGUACACUCUCAUUGAAAGAUCUUGCUGACACAAUAGCGACCAAGCUGCAAAGUUGUUUCUUUACUGGUGCGGAGUUGUAUGCGAACAGGGAUGGCGAAUUGCAUCCGUGCAGAAUCUUGGAGAUGGUAACAGAUGAGGAUGGUGAACCUCAGUAUAAGGUCGGCUUCCUUGACAAAGAUGAGGAAAUAAAUGAGAGCGCAGUGCUGUCUGGGGAGGAUCUUUCAUGGAAGAAAUUUCCAUUUAGUAGAAAUUUUCUCAAGUCUUUCAUUCGGGAGUCCACAUGCCGCAGUAUACCUUGGGUAGUUAAUGAAUAUCUGGCUAAAGCACAUGGAAUCUCUAGAAAGAUUCCCAAGGAACUUCAGGACAAGUAUGUCUUUCAGAAUGGAGAACUGGUUCAGCAAAGGAAGCAGGACGAUAAAACCGGAAGGGAAAACGGAAAAAGAAAGAGAGCAGAAAACGAUAGUCAUGUUGCAGAGGAGACACAUAGAGAUGUUAAUGAGUCUGAGAAAGAGUCUAUCAAUUAUCCAAUUGAAGAUUUACUGUUGCCACCUGAUCAUGAUGAUGCUGACAUCACUCAGCGUCCUCGGCUUUCACGGGAUUUUAAUGUUUCUAUGGAUUGUGCUGGGGAUCUUCUUAUGGUCUGGGACUUUUGUUCCUCGUUUGGUCGGCAGCUGCAUCUAUGGCGAUUUUCUCUCGAGGACUUUGAAAAUGCUCUUUGCCACAAGGAGAGUAUUUCGGUUCUGAUUAUGGAAGUGCAUGCCUGUCUUUUCCGAUUCCUCAUCAAUGAAGACGGUGAUAAGUUCAAAGCUUUAAAGAGAAGGAGUCGCAAGUCAAAGAUAACAUUGAUCACAUGGACAGAGUAUCUAUGUGACUUCUUGGAAUCAGUUGACACUCCUGAUUUGUGCGUUGACACCGGAACAAUCAAACGGGGACAUUAUGGUCUAUUGGACCCCAGUGUAAAAUUGAAAAUCCUAAGGGAAUUAGUGAACCAUGUAGCUGAAACAAUUGCGUUCAAGGGGGAAAUAGACAAGCUUGUUGAACAACGGCAUACCCUUGGAGCUGCUAGAAGGGAAGAAGCAUUGGCGGAAGCCCGAAUGAAAAGAGAGGAGAAAGAACGCUCCAAAACUGGCGAGGAAUCUGAUGGAGUUUUAGAUAACAGCAGGUUAGAGAACAAGAAAAAUAGCCCACAAAUAACGGAAAGCAGCGAAGACAGCAGAAAGAAAGAGAGCUUUGCGUGGGAAAUCAAGAUGGAAAAUGGGUCUGUUUCUUCGAAAAGAAAUGAAAUAUCAGAGAAAAGGCUUAUGGGGAAUGUCUGUCUGAGAAAGCACAAACGGCAGAAGACGGAUACAAAAAUCACAUCAAAGGAGGAUGAAGAAGAGGUGAAAGAAAUUUCGGGGAAGAAGCAGGGUGGAAAAUCUUCAAGUGAAGAUGAGAAGAGGAGGGGACCUGAACAGAGGAGGCAAUAUUAUGAAGGAGAGAUGGAGAAAAUAGUCAUACGUACAAACCCAUUGGGUAAAGAUCGGAACUACAACAGGUACUGGUGGUUCCGAAGCAAUGGGAGGAUAUUUGUUGAGGAUUCUGAUUGCAAAGAAUGGGGCUACUAUACCUCCAAGGAAGAGCUCGAUGCAUUGAUGGGAUCACUAAACCGUAAAGGAGAGAGGGAACUGUCAUUACAUAUGCAGCUUGAGAAAUUCUAUGACAGAAUAUGCUCUACACUACAAAAGAGGACGAAGGACAUUGCUGAGAAGAUAGAAAUGGAAGAAACAGUGGUAAGGAGAUCUACCCGUGUAAGAGCUCUACUCCAUGAAAAUCCAGCUAGUGCCUUCUUGAGAUAUGUUAACAAGUGGAAAGAGGAGUAAACAUUAGUAGAAUUCGAUUCUAAUACUAGAAUAGCUUAAUAGUUGCAGCCAUUAGACGGAAUAGUUCCGGAUUAAACAUUUUGUAGGCCCUUGUGCAAAUUUUUGAAAUGGAUCCCCGAACCAUAAAAUUUCAGUUUA